GUUCGAUCACUUCUUCGGCUUGUGUUUAGCCUGCGCGUAUCACUUGGGCCACAAAGUCAAACCACCAUGGAAGAAGAGGAAGCUGAACUUCGUAAUCCCUUUCCCUCUCCUCCCUCACAUUAUAAGAACUAUACGACACACAAUCUGCAACUGCUUUCGUUACUACGCGAGCGAGCAGGCGAUGGUGACUUAUCCUCCUUCAAUCAGUAUGAGGCCCUCUCCGAUCAGACAGACGUGCCUGAUUGGCCUCUAAUACAACUCGAGAAGCCAAGGGUAGAUUGGAUAGUUGAAGACGACUCUUAUAAUGUAUUUGGUGAUACUUGGUAUGUCAAAGAGACAAUACCAUCGUUAGCGGAACUCGGUGGCACCCAACUAUAUUCCAGUGACCCUAACGUAGAUCGAAGACCUGCGCUGCUUGCAGUCUUGCGAUCCCUGCUCAUCACUUUCUCGCGUUUACUUAAUGCCCUUCUCGCACCUCCACCAACUGCCUUAAAUCCUGAGCCACCAGAUUGGGAGCGGCAUGUAGAGUGGAUCAACGUCUUGGCCCAGAAUGUCAUGGCCGCGGCCAAUGAUUUGCGCCCAGUGCAGGCGAGAGGGAAUCUUGAGAUCAUGAUGAGGCGGCAACUGGAACUACGCAGGGAGGAGACAAAAAAGAUCCAUGAGAAAUGUGAUGCCCUCGAGGGAAUGCUAGAGGACAUGCGUAAAUCCACUCAGCAGAUGGGCUCAGACGAACCUCCUGGUGGCGACACUGACAAGUUGACUGAGGUGAAGAAUGCUCUGUCUUUUGCCCUGAAGGCCGAAGGCAUUUCAGAUCUUUCUCAACGUUCUAAUGGUGAGACAAAGCCUAUCACAGAUGACGACGUCUUUCGGUGGGCUGAAGAGAUUGGGUGAAGCUCGGUCCACCUUUCAUUUCACUCUCUGCCUAAGAGCUCGUAUAUUACACACUGUACUAUUACUACUGUACUUCAAUGCUAAUGGAUUUCUUGAUGUUC